AUGAGCAAACCAAUUACUAUGUAUGGCCACGCCACCGGGCCAAAUCCAUGGAAGGUAGCCAUCAUUCUUGAAGAGCUCAAGAUUCCCUAUACCACCAAGUUUAUGGAAAUGUCGGACCUCAAAAAAGAUCCCUUCGAACAGCUCAACCCCAACGGCCGUGUCCCCGCCAUCACCGACCCCAACACCGACGUUACACUCUGGGAAUCCGGCGCCAUAAUCGAGUACCUAAUCGACACCUACGAUCUGUCCGCCGCGCUAACCUACACCUCGUCCCCCGAACGGUACCAAGUAAAACAAUGGCUGCACUUCCAAGUAUCCGGACAGGGACCAUAUUACGGACAAGCUGCCUGGUUUUCCAAGUUCCACGGCGAGAAGAUCGAUAGUGCUAUUGAGAGAUAUUACGAGCAGAUCAAGCGCGUGCUGUACGUGUUGGAUAAACAUUUGAAUGGCAGAGAGUGGUUGGUGGGUGAUAAGUGCACGUUUGCGGAUCUGUCGUUCGUUCCUUGGGAUAUGGCUAUCCCGUAUAUUUUCGGCGAUCGAGUGGGAGAAUUGCAGAUUGAGAAGAAUUAUCCUAAUUAUUUUGCUUGGAAUAAGAAAUUGAUGGAGAGACCUUCGGUACUGAAGAUUAUUGAGGAUAAGAAGGCCGCUGCGAGUAGCUCUUAG